AAUAAAUGCAGCCUCUGUCUAGGGAGAUAUCGCCGUGAAUAAAAGGUCCGCUUAACCAAAUGAAUAAAGAGAGGUAUGCGUAUUUCGGUAUGAAUACUUACGUUUAAAAGCUACGAAAUAAUGGUGAAAAAUACAAGGAAAGAAAGACCAAAAUAGUAACCCUGCAGGCGAUCAAGUGUAAGGAACGAGUCAAGUACGCCUGGUGGUAGACUCUUUCCAUCUUUUUCUAUUUAUCGGGGAAAAGGUAUGAACGCUUCCUUCUCGAAGCGCGUUAAAACGAUGUCUAACUUUCGAUGGGCAGUUGGCAGCCGUGCGUAAAAGAAAUAAAUAAUCAAAGCGACCAUGAAGUGACAAAUAAAGUUGGAGAACAAUGCUCGUGAAUGGCAAGGAAAUUUGAGUGCAGCGUGCAUUGGCCCCCAUUCUAUGUUUUGGAUACGUCUUACGCGGUUACAACGUGGUGUUACGUACGACAUUAAAGCCGGAGGUACGCUAUGCACUCGCCGCGGAUACGAGGCUGACAUUUAGGAUAUUUUCUUCGUCCCGAUACCUCCGUGGUAUUGGUCUUACUUUCGUAUUCCUGUAUCAGUCGCCCGCUGACAACCGUGAUUCCUCCAUGCGUAGGAAUCCGAUUCCGCGGUUAGCCAAUUUAAAUGACUGAAAACAAGCUGAAUCGACGAUCACCAGAAGUAUUAUUAUCGGGAAAUUUAAUAGAGAUGCGGAGAGACAUGCCUUCCUCGAGAGUGCUGUUGCAUACCGUUUUUUAAGGACACGUUCGGCACGGAUACCGGUCAACGAUAUUUUCGUUGUUAACCUCUACCACUGGUUCGAAUGCGUUGUUACGCCGCACAUUGCGGACGAUAGUGGCCAUGUGUUUGUUCUUUACUCACCUGACCAAGGUCUGACAGGAUAAUUCAUCCAGUAUAGUUUCAAACAUGAAAACAGAAAAGAAGCCCACUGAACCAAGUUGUGUACCGAGCACUGUUGUCAAAGAGGAGCCUGAUACGGAUCCAGUUAAGAUCAAAGAGGAGGGUACCGGAGGUAAUAAUGAUGAUACAACAGGAGAAGACACUACGGAGUGCUCCAGGGAUCCUUGUUUGGAUCCUUCCAACGGAGAAGGUACCCUGUCAGGAGAGAACCAAAAUAAUAGUGCAAAUCAACCAAUUUUAAACUCAGUGAAACAAGAAGGUGAUCAUAACAAUCCCACAGAUGAUAUACCUGAUUGUAGUGGUAAUGUUAUUACUGCAGAUGGUAUUCAACCACUAGUUAGUAAUGUUCUUGGAAAACAGAUGGGAACUAGUACAGGAAGUGGUGAAGCUCAAUAUAUGCAACAGCAAAGUCAAAUUUUUGUAUUUUCUACAACAUUAGCAAAUAAAGGUGCAGAUGCAGUGUUACAAGGGCAAUAUCCAUCGAUCAUUGCUUAUCAUUGUGCACAGCCGGGCACUAAAAAAUAUUUAGAGAAACAUCCAAAUAAAAUAAACCAAUUCCGACAAAAUCCUGCGCAAUGGUUAAAUAAUCUUGCAAUGAUGAAACAGAAAGGUCACCAAGGAGGUACAAACAAUACUUUUCAAAAUGAACAACCUCCAGAUCUACCGGCUCUUGAUCCUAAUGCUCCUCCAUUCUGGAAUGAACAACCUAAUCUGAGGAACUUAAAUGGUGGUAAUGCUCUUGGUAAUUCUGAACCAUCAUUGGAUGAUGCAAAUAUAGAUGUGCCUUGCCUUGUACCAAAUUCACCUGGUAACUCAGCAAAUCCACAACCUCCUAAUAGUACUACAAUGGGCCAUAGUCCCAAUUUAUUAGGAGGUACUACCAGUCCAGGUCCAGGCAGUUUACAGCCAUCACUGCAAGGUGUCAAAGUUCCGGACGAAAAUUUAACGCCGCAACAGAGGCAACAUCGAGAAGUUCAGUUAGCAACUAUUAGGAAAAUGCAAAUGAUGUUAUUUCCUGAGCACAAGGAAGAAACCGCUAAUACGCUAGACACAACACAAGGAACCGCGGUAUCAACGUGUCCUCCAACGAACGUUCCUUCAGUUGUUCCAACUCAGUGUCCUCCAACUAUGGAUUGGCAUAAAUUGCAACAUCAAUUUCUUGAUGGGAAAAAUAAGGCCAGUGUUGGAAGUCCUGGAGUUCCAUUGCGAGGUGCUAAUAUGGUAGGGGUUCCUCGUAGUCAAGGACCACCACCGCCAUAUCAUCAAACAACACGAUCUGCGAGUGUGCCAAUCGCGAUACAAAGCCCAAAUCCUUCUUCACCUAACAAUCCAACCAGUAAUUUAUCUUUACCAUCACCUCGCGCAAGUUCAGCUCUAAAUUCACCUGCAGACUGCAAUAGACAAUUUCAACUCAGUAAUCAGAGAACUAGCCAUUUACCAGGACAAAGUCCAACGAGUCAAGACUCUCCGAAUCCGACAGUUGGAAAUGCAACAGCCGUAUCAACAACGAGACUUAAUCAUAGUAACCCGGGAACGCCUGUUUCCCAUUCACACAUCUCGACGCUUAGUCCUAGUGGAACGACUGCUCAAAAAGAUUCAGCUUUAGAUUUUCCCACCAGCCAGCCUCCAAAUGUGGAUGGUAUGUUUUGCCGCACGCUGCAAUCCUUAGCCCAGCAAAAGCAGCAACAUACUGGAGCAGUGAACGCAACGGGUGUUAAGGAAGCGAAUCUGAUGCCGGUGCCGAGUCCUCAACAGAUUCAAUAUCUUAACACCUUUGAAGGACAGGAAUUGACUAUACAGAAACAACCAAAUACAAGUCUGAAGGAUGGCAAUUUAUCCACGAAUACAGCCAGCAAUACAGAAAUGCCAAACAGAAUUUUGCCAGGGACUUUGGACAACAGCAAUCAGUUUCCUGCUAGAUCCGAGGGUACAAGUCCUGUUCAGAUGGAUAGCAUGAAUCGCGGCUUUACAGGCUCUUUGCAUAGUCCACAUACUCCUCAUACUCCACACACGCCAGGCAAUGGUGCUCCACAUACUCCUGUUGAUCCUGGAAAAUCCGGAAACAAGUCUAGUGCGAGUGCACAGAGUAGUCCAGCACCGCACAAUACGAAUAUACCGGAUAGUAUGGGUCCCCCAAGAACAGUACCAGCAUCACCUACUACGAAACCCGACACAUCUCCACCAUUAACAAAAGAUACUCAACAACAACAAACUCAACCCCAACAGCAGCAACAACAACAACAAUCACAGCAACAACCUCAACAACAACCGCAACAGCCCCCUCAACAACAACAACAGUCUACAGUUGCAAAUCCAAAUAAUUCGGGAAAUGCAACAGUGGUACCUCCUCUGGGAGGUCCAAGCGCCUCCUUCCCUUGCGGAAGACCGUCUAUAAAUGUGAGUCAACCUUCAGACAAUGUGCCUCUUAAUCCCAACAAUAUCGGAGGGCGACUCGGCAGUUUAACCGCAAUGAGUACAAAUCACUUCGAUCCUAUAACUUCCUUGGCCCAGAUGAGCCAGCAACUUACUAAUACGGCAGCUAGCAAUUCAUUAGGUAACGAAGGACCUAUUCAUUCUGGGAACACCGGGAUGAUGCAAUUUGGGAAUCCGCACAGCAUGCACAUGAUGCAAAUGGGCGGUGAGAUGAACGGAAGUUGUCAUAUGGGUGGUCCAACUAGUGAACCAGGCGAGGUAGGAGGAAUGUGCAUGGGGUUGGCAGGACCACCAACCAGCUAUAGCCCGACAACUUCACACACGGGAAGUCCCGGUGUACCUAGUAAAAUGGGCCAUCCUUCCAUCAUGGGUCACGGUAUGAUGAGUAGUCAUUCGGGCAAUGCGGCGGGCACUUAUCCCGGUGGUGAUCCUCACGCACCACCGCCGAGAUUAAUGACAGGUCACGUGACUGGGCCGAGCCCUUAUAACGGAGCGAACGUUCAAGUAAAACCUAGUGCUCCAAACACGAUACAAUAUCUACCAGCAAGGCCCAAUGUUGGUCAUACGCCUAGAGGGCCACCGAGUUUGGACUUCCUUCAACGAUUCACAAAUCCUUUGUCUAAUUUAGAAUCAAAGAUGGGAACACCGUCUGUAAAUCUUCAGUACUUCCCGAACGGUUGUGUACCGAAUAGUAUGGGCCCGCAUAGCGGCAUGCCAUCAACCAUGAGUGGUGGACUUCCUGGCAUGGGUGGCUCUCCAAGGAUGGAUGGACAAUCGAUGAAUACAUCAGUUGGUGUACAUCCUUCGAUGAGACCUGUUAGCAAUAUGAGACCUCAGCCCAAUUUAAUGCGAAUGCAACACAUGGUUGGUGGCGGUGUCUUUCCAGGCGGUUCGAUGGAUCCAGACAAAGUCUUCCCACCUGACAUGGUAUCGCAAGUUCCCAAUCAACCGAAUCCUGGCAUGUACGUAUCUGGCAGCAAAGGCAGUCCAAUGGGAUUAGGACCUCCCCCGGAUGCGACUCAGCCAUUACCUCCGAGUAUGGGUGGUGCUACUAGUAAUUUCAAGAACAGUCCCUUCGUAGGUAGUGGACCUAGUAUGUCGGAUCCGAAUUAUGCUCAACAAUUCCAUAACUUCCAACAACAGCUUUACGCUACAGGAACAAGGGGUAGUGGUCCACCACAUCCUAAUUUACAUCCGCCACCGAAUUCACAUUCGCAUCAGCAGUUCUUCAUGCCGAAAUAA